AUGUCAAGAACCAUUCCAAGAGUUGAGGAAUUUUUCUUGGAGUUCUUACGGGUUGAUGACACCUCUGGAUUGGGGCUUUUUAAUGUUUUAUUGGAUGCACUGCGGUCUCUUGGUUUGAACAUUGAUGAUGUGAGACGUCAAGGUUAUGACAAUGGUUCGAACAUGAAGGAGAAACAUAAAGGGGUCAUCACAUAUUUCCAGAAGUAUAGAGAAGAUGGCUUCGAUGCUAGUAUUGAGACUGCAAAAUCCAUUGCAUCUAGUAUAGGCAUAGAACUAAAAUUUCCUACAAAACGUCAAGCUAAAAGAAAGAAGCAUUUUGAUGAAGAAGAUGAUGAAAGUGAAGAAUUACAACGUUCAGCUAUUGAAACCUUUAAACAUGAGUAUUUCCUAGUUGUUGUGGAUACUGCAAUUGCUUCAUUGACUAGUCGAUUUGAGAAGCUAAAGGAAUUUGAGGAAAUAUUUGGUUUCUUAUUCAACUCAGAAAAUCUGAAAUCCUUGGAUGAUAAUGAUCUACGAAAGUGUUGCACUACUUUUGUAAAGAAAUUUUCUCAUGAAAAUAAGUCUGAUGUAGAGUUGGAAGAUUUUUUCUCUGAACUAAAAGUGCUACGAAGUUCUUUGCCAGAAGAAUUGAUGUCAGCAGUUGAGAUUCUUCAGUUUGUUAAAGCUGCAGAAUGCUAUCCAAAUGUCUCCAUUGCAUAUCGAAUUUUGUUAACCAUUCCAGUGACAGUAGCAUCAGCCGAAAGAAGUUUCUCCAAAUUGAAACUUUUGAAAAAUUAUUUGAGGUCCACUAUGUCACAAGAAAGGUUGAAUGGUUUAGCUAUGUGCGCCAUUGAGAAGGAUAUUUUGGACGACAUUAAUCUUGAUGCUGUUAUUGAAGAUUUUGCAUCAAGAAAUGCCCAUAGACGGUUUUUAUCAAUGAACUAA